CGGCUGGAUAUUAGUGGUGUACAAACAGACCAAACAGCCGUGUCGUCAUCAUGGACGCGUUCUUCGAGCCGGUGGCGGAUGCUACAGGUGCAUCCAUCGACCAAAUCAAGCUGAUUUUUUGUCUCUUGUUUUCAUAUCCGCUCGGGAGCGUAUACAUCCGCCUACCAACCUCGCGGCCGGAAUUCAAGCACAUAUUCAGCAUUGCGAUAGCCUUCUUCUACCUCGUACCAGUGCUCCAACUGUAUUUUGGGGUGAUUCAGCUGCUUAUCAGCGUAGGUGGGACCUACUACAUAACCCAGAAAGUCCAGACUUCGCGAAUGCCAUGGAUCGUGUUCCUGUUUACCAUGGGACAUCUUACGAUCAACCACAUCGUACGAACACUUGACGACUCAGGCUAUGACACAAUAGAGAUAUCUGGGCCCCAAAUGGUCCUCACAAUGAAGUUGACGACGUUUGCGUGGAACGUCGUUGAUGGGCGACGCGCUGCUGAGGAACUCGAUAAGUGGCAAGCCGAACACCGCGUUGUAGAAUAUCCUUCCAUACUCGAGUUCCUCGGAUACACAUUCUAUUUCCCCGGGUUCCUCGUCGGGCCAUUCCUGACUUUCAACGAGUACCGCGCCCUCGUAUCGGGCUCGCUGUACAAAGCAGCGGAAAAGAGCGAGGAAGAGCGCCGCGCAAUGGACACCCUCCCGCGCAGACUGGUGCCUCGUGGUCGCAAGCGGGUUGCUUUCCGCAAGAUGUUGGUUGGACUCGCGUUCCUCGGGGCCUACGUCACUUUCUAUCCAGAGUUCAACUUCCAGCUCACGGUCGAAGAUGAGUUCGAGAAGAAGCGUUUGCUCUCUCGAAUCAUUUUCCUGCAAUUCUGCGGCUUCUUCGAGCGGGUCAAGUACUACGCCAUCUGGACACUAACAGAGGGCGCAUCCAUCCAAACCGGGCUGGGCUUCACAGGAUACACAAAGACCGGCGGUACCCUAUGGGAGGGUGCUGCGAACGUUGAUAUCUGGAACAUCGAGUUCUCACCCAAUUGCAAAGUCCUCUUGGACUCGUGGAAUAUGAAGACGAACGUCUGGCUGCGCGAGUGCGUCUACAAGCGGGUUACGCCAAAAGGCAAGAAGCCUGGCUUCAAGAGCAGUCUCGCGACGUUCGCGACAAGCGCUUUCUGGCACGGAAUUGCACCAGGUUACUACCUCACGUUCUUCUUCUUCGCCUUUGUGCAGACCACGGCCCGCUUGGCGCGCACCUACCUCCGUCCCAUCGUCCUCCCAGCCAACUACGUUUCUCGACGAGACGCGCCGCCCCCACCGCAAACGACCGCGAAGCAGAUCUACGACUACCUCGGGAUCAUCGCCACCGUGUCGCUCACGAACUACGGCACGCUUCCAUUCAUGCUGCUCGGGAUCGACGACUCCUUCGUGGGGUGGAACAACGUCGCGUGGUACGGCCACUUCCUCGUCGGCGGCGGGCUCGUGUUCUUCUACUGCGGCGGGUGUAUCAUCAUCCAGGAGAUCCAGGAAGUCCGGAUAAAGGAGGCUGGGAUCAAGAAACAGCGGGAGGAGCUCAACCGGUUGGUGCAGACGGGCUCUAUCACACCGACGAGUUUCUCGAGGGCGCCAACACUUCCGCCGCUGGACGAGGCGGCGCAGGAGCUGGAGAGAGAGCUAAGGGGAGAUAAGUCGGAGUAGAGGUGUCAGAUAGCCUGCUGGGGCUCUCUCUAGCUGCAAUCGUUUUCCAUGCUUUCAUAUACGGUAUGAAUGUCCUUGGGGAGCACAGUAUCUAGUUACUUACAAAGUAGUACAGUUACUCUUAUUCAUUGCCC